UGACUCUCUCCCUGCCCCCUUAUGUGAUUAGACACCGCACUGAACACUGCUCCUAAAAUCUGGAUUUAGGGCUAGCUCCUACAUCGAAAGUCUGGAAGGCAAAACAAGAUGAGUCUUCCUUGGGGACUGGUAUGAGGAAAUGAUGCUCGUUACAAUACUUUGCUCAGUACCUGUGAGUGCCCUGAUACAACCACAAGUGGGCUGGAAAGCAACAAGAUUGAAGCAGAGUCCCUCCCUCCCUCCCCAGGGAGGCUGUCCUAACUUUUCUCUCUUCUUUUUUUUUCUCCUCUCAACCAUAUUUAUAACUCUUACUCCAGCUUGCCUUGCAACAAAAGACACUCCAGGAGACACAAAGCAAGACCUCAGUAGCAUGAUAGCUCAAGGCAUCUCGGGGCUCGUGCGACCCUUGUUAAGUGGACUGAAAGUGAGUAAAACUCACUUUGUUUAUUUCUGCAAGGUGACAGAGCAGAAUUGCAUACGAUCAAAGCAGGUGUCAAGAAGAGGCUUCAGCUCCACAUGCAAGCUCCAGUGUGCUUCUGGGGAAUCAAGCUCUGCAGACCCAGUGACAGUGCAUUUUAUAAAUCGGGAUGGAGAGCGACUCACAACCACGGCCAAAGAAGGGGAGAGUCUCCUGGAAGUUGUAGUCAACCAAAACUUGGCCAUUGAUGGAUUUGGUGCCUGUGAAGGGACACUGGCCUGCUCCACCUGUCACCUCAUCUUUGAGAAAGAUGUCUUUCAAAAGCUGGAUGCCAUCUCAGAUGAAGAGAUGGACAUGCUGGACUUGGCAUAUGGACUCACUGAGACAUCUCGCCUCGGAUGCCAGGUGCGCAUUAAGAAGUUGAUGGAUGGUCUGACGGUGCGGGUCCCUGUGGAAGUAUCAGACAUUAGGAGUCAGCUGGAGGUUGGAAAGCAAAGCAAACAGUAACCAGAAGCAGCUCUUGCACAGCUUGCUUCCUUUAGGUGUGGCGGGACAUCUUGCUUUAUGUUAACAGCAGUACUCUGCAGCUGGUUUACAGUAAACAGUACAAGUCUGAUUUAGUAUAUAUGACUGUUAAGCAAAUCUCUUAUUUAAAAAAAGCUAAAUGCUAGGAUUUUCAAUGCAAGUUUUAAAUAAGUGCUUAAGUGCAUCUCAUGAGCACAACUGGAUGAAAAGACAUGGUUUUACAAUUCCCUGCAUGUGUGGCAGUAAACAUCUGUGCUGUGUGUAACUCAUCGUCUCCUUCUAAAUUCAAGGAUACCAUUCUUCUAUGUAGCUACUGGGAAUUUUGUGAUGUUCUGUUACUUAACUGCAGAACAGAUUUUUCCCAAUUUGGGAAGCUUGAGAAGAGAGAGCAGUUCCAAAUGCAAGACUGUGCUACUUGGCUUGAUGAUAUCGACAAGCUUAGUCUGCUUAGCAGAAACAUUUGAAUGCACGUCACUGAAUUGUUAUGUGCCAUGAUAUGCUAAUUUCUCCAAAUAUCACAUUUUCUCAUUAAUGUACUACAGUGUACAUAAAAUAAAAUCCUAAUAAUCAGGCUUUUAGAUCUGUAAAUGUGCUUUCCUUGUAACAUCAGUCUGGUUGCAUUAGAAUUAGUCUAAGGGGAAUUUAGAUGUAGUAACCUACUGUCCCAGUUUACGUGACUGUUUUUUUCCCUUUGUGUUUGAGCAACUAUGUCAAUCAAAUAUUGCCAUCCGAAUGUUGUAGAGAAUCUAUGACAUGUAACCAGAUGUAGUGAAAAUGCUCAGUCUUUACCCAAAGCAGUGAUGGAGCACCUGAUGGAAAGGCAGGGCCAAUCCAGGGGAGCUCAGGUGUAUGCAAUGUACCUGAGUGAUGGAAGGGAUGGAGCCAGGAUCCACCCCUUCCCAGACCUCAUUUAAGGGUUGGCAGCGGAGCUGAGGGUAUCUUGCUGGAGAUCCCUGUGUACCUGAGGCCUUCCAAAGGUAAAUGAGUUUUCUUCCUUUGUUUCUGCAUCCACUGCUGCUGCUUUUGAGUUUGUCAUCAUUUGCUGCAGCCAGAGACUUUGUCACUCUGCUCAUAUUGCUGUGCUUUCCAUCACGUAAUAGUGUUAUAAUUAGAUAGGUGAAAAAUGAAUUUUGUAGAGGGGGUAAUAUUUCUCAUUAGACCUAGGGAGGACAGACACAUUUGGCUAUACAAAUCCUCCUUUAGAUUCUAAAGAACUGCAAAAUCUAAGCUUAAGCAGCCUGGUGCAGAGUGGAAAACAUCCUUUAAAGGUGUUUAGGUAUAUGAAAUGAUUUUGUCUGGGACAACCUCAUGACUCUGCCUCCUUCUGGAGGUUUCCUAUCUUACCCUCUGGCCCUGUGCUGUGUUUGUGCUGGAUUCGCAAGCUGGGAUCCACCUGGAACAGUUCAGAAAAAAAUAGAGCAUAGUCUUUGCCCGUCCCACAGCUUUUUAGUCUGUUGUGAAAUGCGACUGUCAGACCGCAUCUGAACGCCAGGGGCCGAAGGAUGGUAACGAUGAGGCUUCGCUCAGACACCAGGUGGAGCUCUUUGCACACCGGCAAUUCACGAAACCCAGGGCAGGUAGGAAGGAAGAGGUUGCGGCUUAAACCUGAAUUUCACCGACUUCAUCAUAUUUCUGUUCUUCUUUACUCGGUCUCUUACACUGACUGGUGCAUGGCUCUAUCUGAGACGGCUCACAGCUGAUAAUUCCAGUGCUACCUCCAUACUUCUUCGGGCUCUGCUCAUCUCACCGUGGUUGAGGGUCAGAGUUGCUCACAGCAACUCAGCCCAUAACUCCCCCACCUCAGACUCUGAUUUUUGCUCUGGUCCAUCAUGCAAUACAAAAUGGAAUGUCAGAAAACAAAGAGAAGGGACGUGCACUAGGAAAAAUUUCAGGUGCUGCACAUUUAUUUGUGAUUUACCAUAGACUGCAAAAGAGAUUUAACGAAAGCAGUGAAGCCAUCAGGUACUGUACCACUUCUUGUCUUCCCACUCCUGAUGCUGCCAUUGCCCCUUUGAAAAGCGGAGUGUUUGGAGCUUUGCAGUUGUACUCAUCAGCCAACUCCAGUUUGUGAGCCUGCAGCUGGACCACAGCUUGCUGCUGAAAAAUGCCAUUUCUUUAUAGCCAGAGUGAAGCCAUGAACUGUUGGGAUGGUGAGUGAGGCUACAGCUGUAGGUUUGAAAGGGCUGUGUAUUGGCUUUCACAUUCCUCUCCAGUGCUGUUGCUCUUUGAAGAAAAUGUUUCUGGGGUGAGGGUGAGCUGUUUGCUUUGAAAUUUAGGUAGCAAAAUCUUUGGCAAGUCUGACCCUUAAAGGUGCCACAGAGUAUCAGAUGGAGACCUGACUUUCCUGACUGUAGAUAUGUCAGAAAUUAAAUCAAGAUGGUUGAAAUAAACAACUGUAGCUGCCCAUGGGCACUUCCGUCACAGUUUCUGUCAGCCUACAGGAUAAGAGAACAAAAUUAUACAUGCCAAGCAGAAAUCAGAAGAGGCUGAAUUGUGUGAGUCAUUGUCUCCUCAAGGCAACUGAGCUGCUCUUUCUUGGCCUUGAGCUAUAGUGGAAACAGGAACAAGAAUGCUCCUUGCUUCCCAGAUGGCACCAGGAGUACACAGCUGCCUGAGUGCUGGUGUCCAGAAGGGCCCAGAGUUGUCAAGACAACUUGGACUAAAUCCCUUUAUUUUUUAAUCUCAAAGUGAGCAGAAAAAUAGGUUUCCCUUCCCUGUGUCUAUGCCUGAGAGCUGUGCAUUAAAGGAAAAUUUUGCUUUUAUGGGUCAAAACAAUGUGUAUUUGGUAUCAUUUGUUUUGAGCAUUUUUCUCAGGGGCUUUCUCAAUCUUCCAUCCCUAGGAAUUCUAUGGCUAAUUUGCUAUGUGUAUUUUGUUGGCCUGGAAGUAAAGGGAAAGCUUCUGCUAUCUCAGCAGGUGUAGGAUUAGUUGCAAAAAUGAGGGGAGCAUCUUCAUAUCCACAAAGCUAAAAUGCCAGUCCUGCUCGAGUGCCUGGACUCAUGGAAAAUGAGUGUUCCAGCUUUCACAGCAUGCCUAACUGUCAGCUACUGCAUGUAAUCUGAAUAAAUAUAAAAAAAAUAAAAGUUAACAAUGUUGAAUAUGAAAACAGUGUUGGCUACCAAAAGGCCUUGUUGGAAUGAAUUGUACUUAUCACACUGGUAAUUAUUUCCCCAGUACGUAACUGAAGCCCAUCUAGCACAAGGCUAAAAAACAGUAUGAUGAACCAUAGGAGCAGGAGCCUGGGCAAAAAUCUUUCUGACCAAGAUGCACAUUUUCUUAGUGCCAAAGUAACUGUUUUAUUUAACGUGUAGCUUUCCUAAAGCUAUAAUGCAAACCUCCUUGGAUACUAUGUGUGCAUCAUCAGACUGCUAUUGCAGCACUGCCUCUGCAAUGCAGCCCUGUGCUCCCACAGGGAUCAGUGGUUUCUCUUAUCUGUUCUGACUAACUUUGUCAAAUUUAGUUUAUUAAUAAUUUCCCUUUGUUUAAAAAAAAAAAAAGUCAGUAAACAUGGGGGUAGAGAAACUGUCCAGAGAAAUGUGCCCAUAUUAGGCAGCCUCAGAUGAGAGGAGGAAAAUUUGUUUUGCCCCUCCCCUCCGUGUUUCUAUAAACAAAUCUUUUAACUUGUUCAUAAUUCUUUUAGGUUACACAACUUGAGAGCUCUUUCUUGGCACUUGGGUCAGGUCCUCCUUGUCUGAAUCAAAACCAGCUCAUCCACAGAGCCAGUCUACAAGCUGUCAGCUUGUUUGGAGCACAGAUCUCCCAUCCAAGUACAGAUAACUCCCUCAUAAUAUUUAGUGCUAUUUCACCUUCCUGAAAAGACACAGAUAAGAGUGAUGAUUGAACCUACUCAUUGUAUAGCAGUUCCUGAAAAACCUGUGCAGAUUCAGUUUGCCUGUCAUAUGCAGACCUGGACAGCAGUAACAGAAACUUCCACAUCUCCAGGUAGGGGCCAUCAGCAGGGAUAGUUUGACACUUUGUUAAAACAGCAGUAAUGUUAUCUAUGCCUUCUGUUUGAUGCUGUUUGGGCUCGUUUCCCUGAGAGAGAAACUCAAAUAAUGAUGGUUACAGAGAAAUAGAGAUGGCAGAGGGUUCCUUAUCAGCACAGGCCACCCUUGCAGGUCUUGGGGGGGAAG